GGGGGUGAGGAAGAGGAGGAGCAGCAGCAGCUUCACUCAGGGCUGCAUUCACUGAGAUCAGAAGCUGGUUUUUCCCUCUGAAGGCGAUCUGACGCCGUGACGACGGCUUCCUGAGAUCCACAGAGACGUCCUCCCCUCUGUUUCCACGGUGACGGCAUCCCCCCAUCCUCCUCUUCCUCCUCCUCCUCCUCCUGCUGCUCUUCCUCCUCCAUCUCUCUGUGUCCGUCGGCUCGUCGCUGUCGUCAGGAUGGGGGAUAAAGGAACCAGAGUGUUUAAGAAGGCCAGCCCCAACGGAAAGCUCACGGUCUACCUGGGGAAGAGAGACUUUGUGGACCAUGUGGACCUGGUGGAGCCUGUCGAUGGGGUGGUUUUGAUUGACCCAGAAUACCUGAAGGAGAGGAAAGUGUUUGUCACUCUCACCUGUGCGUUCCGAUACGGUCGAGAGGAUCUGGACGUCCUGGGCCUGACGUUCAGGAAGGACCUGUUUGUGGCGAACAUCCAGGCCUUUCCUCCACUGCCUGAGGAGAAGAAGAGUCUGACUCGUCUUCAGGAGCGCCUGAUUAAAAAACUGGGAGAGCACGCCCAUCCGUUCACCUUCGAGAUUCCCCUCAACCUGCCGUGCUCCGUCACCCUGCAGCCGGGACCGGAGGACACCGGGAAGGCCUGCGGAGUCGACUUUGAGGUGAAAGCUUUCUGCGCAGAAAAUCUGGAAGAGAAGAUCCACAAAAGGAACUCGGUGCGUCUGGUGAUCAGGAAGGUGCAGUACGCUCCGGAGAAACCGGGUCCUCAGCCGACAGCCGAGACCACCAGACAGUUCCUGAUGUCGGACAAACCUCUCCACCUGGAGGCCUCGCUGGACAAGGAGAUUUAUUACCACGGCGAGCCCAUCAGCGUCAACGUCCACGUCACCAACAACACCAACAAGACGGUGAAGAAGAUGAAGAUCUCAGUGCGACAGUACGCAGACAUCUGCCUGUUCAACACGGCGCAGUACAAAUGCCCCGUGGCCGUGGAGGAGUCGGACGAUGUUGUGGCUCCCAGCUCAACUUUCUGCAAAGUCUUCACCCUCACGCCGUUCCUGGCCAACAACAGGGAGAAACGAGGCCUCGCCCUGGACGGAAAGCUGAAGCACGAGGACACCAACCUGGCCUCCAGCACUCUCCUGAGAGACGGAGCCAACAGGGAGAUCCUGGGCAUCAUCGUGUCCUACAAAGUCAAAGUGAAGCUGGUGGUGUCGCGAGGCGGGCUUCUCGGAGAUCUGGCUUCCAGCGACGUCUCCGUUGAGCUGCCUUUCACAUUAAUGCACCCGAAGCCGUUGGAGGAGUCCAUCUACAGAGACGCUCCGGAUGAAGCUCCGAUCGACACUAACCUGAUUGAGUUUGACACAAAUGACGAUGACAUCAUAUUCGAGGAUUUCGCCCGCCAGCGGCUGAUCGGCGCAUCAGACGAGAAGGAGGAAGACGAAGAGCCGGUGGACUCGCCCAAACCCGACGACAGAUAAAGGCGACGGGCGCCACCGCCUUCGCUGUUGUUGUUUUGCUGCUGUUUGUAGUGUGGAGAUGGCAGAGGUUACCUGUAGGCCGAACCACAGUCUGGACACCCUCCAAACACUCGGUGGUGGCGUGUUUGUGUGUUUGUUCAUGUCAGUCCUCUCUCUGCGUCCCGCAGGGUGUAGAAUACCGCAGCCUUGUGUUGUCAGGCCGAGCCCCGGCAGGAAGUCUGAGCCGGCGCUGCGGCGACCGCUGGAAGCAUGCCUCUCUUUGUUCUUCAUAUUUCCGUUAGGGACCGACCAGGAGUUGAGUGGCGCUGAGAGUAGCUUCAGUAUUUUAUGUUGAAGGGUCUUUGUAAAGAAAAUCACUGCCAACCUCGGAUGAUUUGCAGCGGUGCACCACCAGAUGAACAUCAGGGACUCCAGACGGUUACAGACUCAGCGAGAGGACCAGGAACCAGUGCAUGAAAUAUAUUAAGAUUUUAUAGUUCAUCGUGGUCACAAAUAGUUAAGUUAGCCUCGAUUUGUUGUUACAUAUUGAUCAUUCUCCAAAUCAUCAUCAUUAGUGUUAAAGAUGAUUUUCCAGUCAUUAUCAACAGAAGAUGAGCCUCAUUCAGAGAUCACUAUAACGCAGAUAACUGAUCCACAGAGUCCGGUUGGACUUAACGGUUAUUCUGACAAACCCAACCAUGGUUCUGACCUACAGGUUGAGACUUUAUUACCAGAUCAGCGAAAGAUGGCCUAAUUAACAAGAUUUAUUUUAUAUGGUUCCAGCUGGUGUACGGACCAAUCAGCCAUAACAUUAUGACCACCCUAAUUUGAUCAGGUAUUUUGCCCACAGCUGCUGGAUUGGAUUGCAAUCUGGAGAGCUGGAGGCCAGGACAUCUUCUCAGACUGGUUGUCCUGUUUCUGAAACUUCUAACUGGUUUCUUGUAGUGUGUGUGCAGUGUGAGAGGAAGCAUCACCCUGCAGCCCUACAGGGAAUGCUGGGGGGGGGGGGGGUGCUCCUGUGUUCUUGGCAGGAGCUUCAGGUGGUAAACCUGGGUCAGCAUGGACACCCUGAGUGGUCUGCUUUUCUCUUUGGAUAGGCAACAAUGGCCAACCUUGGUUGUCCACGAUGCUUUCUCUGGUUCUUUGGUUCCUUUGUUGGCCGAGGUCUUGUGUGUCCUGGCAAGGCAGAGUGGAGAUGCUCUACAGAAUCACAGCUUAGAUCCAGAUGUCUAACCAUCUUAGUUUGGUUAAAAGUAACAUCCCUAAAAUGCAAACCACAUGUUUCUGGUUCCUAAAACUUCAAGGACAAGAAGAUCUCCUACAAACUUCUUCAAAACCAGAGAACCAGCAAUCAGUGGUCAUAAUGUUAUGGCAGAUGGACAUCCUUGUCGUUAUGCAUAUCAUGGUUGUGUCUCAUAAAAGGUCCGACUUUCAUGGUCAUGGUCCACCUGGGUCCAUCCCGUCUUCUAUUGGACCAUCUUCAUCGGCCAGCUUUGAAGACCGCUGGGUGCACCACAGUCCUGUAGACUUCUGACUGUUUUGUAGCUCAUCACCAUUUCAACUUGUUUCCAUUGGCGGCAUCAUGAACCGUUCUGUGGAAAAGUAGCAGAGCUUUGUUAAACCUGCUGUGGGUGAACAAAAUCACUCCAAGACCUCCUUAAAGUCUCAUCCAGGAGGUCCCGGAAGAACCCAGAAGAACAUCUAAGCUCUGCAGGCCUCACUGCCUCAGUUAAGGUCAGAGAUCAUGAUUCAAACAAUAAGAAAGAGAGACUGGGCAGUAAUGGCAUCCAUGGGAGAGAUCCAAGGUCAGAACCAUUGCUGAGCCAGAAGAACACAAAGAACUCAUUUCACAUUUACCGAAAAAACAAAAACAUCUUGAUAAGCAUGAAGUCUUUGGUCAGAUGAGACACUUCUGGACCUUUUUAAAAGAUGGACAUCCUGUAACAACUGCUGUAAAACUAACAGCAUUUCAGAAAAACAGCCUAGCGUAGAACAUGGUGGUGGCAGUAUGAUGGUCUGGUCUCACUAAAAGAAAAUCCUGACGCAGAUCCUCGAGGUUCAAACUCACUGCGGUUCCGCAGCAGCACAACGAUCCAAAUCAUGUCAGCAGAACCACCUCUGAAUGGGGCGGCCUAGUCAAAGUCAAAACUACAAUCUGGUUGAGAUGCUGUGCCAUGACCUCAAAUGCUAAUGUUGAAACAUCCUCCAAUGUAGCUGAAAUGAACUAAUUGAUUUAAAAGACUCGUUAGAAGUCAGCUCAAACUCCAGUAAAUAGAUCCAGGGUGUGAUUACUUCUUCAUACAUGGCCAGGGUUGGUUGGUUUGAUAAAAUCGCUUUCUGCGUUUACUCUGGUUAUCUUUGCCUGACAUUAAAACGUGUUAAAACAUUUGAAGCACUUAAAUGUGACAGAAGCAGAAGGAGGUAAAAUAAAGCAUAACUGCUUUCCCACAGCUCUCUGCAUUUAAUAUAUAUUUACUGCCACCUUCUGGUGGGAGUCUGUAAAGCAGCUAGAGCAGAGGAUCAAAUCUCUUGAAAUUGCUUUGACAGGUUUUGACAAUAUUAUGUAUAAAAUAAAUAAUAUAUAUUAAUUCCUAAAACCGUAAUUUGGCCCUGGUAUCAUUUCCAACAUCACCAGGUUUAGUUUAAUCUGCACACACCUGCUUUAUUUAAAUAAAAACUACAGCGUUGCUGCUCUGAACCUGGUUUGUUCCUUUAAAACUCAUGAUGAUGAUGAACUGCUCAGCGACGGUGUUACGUGUUAACAGAGUUAGUCACCCCCGUGGCUCUUUAAUGGUGGUUUGUGUUUAAUAGCAGCUGAUUUGAUUAGAAGGUCUGAUUCCUGAACUUUUGUUUUCCUGAUCCGAAGGCUGACGCCGUGAACAGAUGUGUUCCAGUCUGUGACACUGGAAGACACCAGUUUGUCUUCACGAUGAUGCGAUGCGACAGGAUGAGGAAGAAAGGCAUCAUAUCUCUGUUUAUACUUCAGUUCGGGUUGUCUUUUAUUUUCAUAUUGUCAGAGGAAACUUGUAUAUUCCCCACAGUCUCUUUAUUAAAUACAACAUUGGAAGCU